GAGGAGCAUACAUGCUGCACAUCUGAUGAUGCUUUUGCUUCAAUAUCCUCUACAAACCAAUAAAUAAUAAAAAAAAAAAAAGUUGUACACAAACAAUUUAUAUUCGACUACUAAACUAAUUUCAAGUAUUUAAGCAGACACGUUCAGAUCUUUAGAGAUUUUAGAUUUAAGGUUGUGGGGAACAUGUUGUGUCCAAGCUUUGUUUGCAUAUCUAAUGAUUGUUUUAAAAAAGCCCCCAGGAAUAAAGGCCAUCCUAAACAAUGCUUAUGAGUUUAGAGUCAUUGUGAUGACACAGCAUGUUGAGAUCUGCAGUCAAGCUGAUUUUCCCUCCACAUUACUCAAGCAUGUCAAUGAAAGAAACAUUUAAAUGGAAGCCACACCUGCCGCCCGCCGCGAGCCAAUGAUCUGCAGCCGAGGGUUGAUGAUGACACGCCCACCUUUGUUCUGAGCCAAUGGGAACGUUAAGGUCAGGAGGGGGAAAACUUGCCCCGGGAUCAAUUUGUCUCGCAUCAGCGACCUUCUGCAAAUGUGUGGGAGGAAUUUGGCCAGCUCUUCUCUAUCUUUCAGGUGUUGUUAGUAUGGGAAGUCGACAACAAUGGCUCACGAGACUGAAGAAUGAGCUGAGCAACAGUCCUCUGGUGUCCAACGUGGCCUUCGGCUUCAUCCUGAUGGGACUGGAGAAGCUGGUGGAGCUGGAGUUUGAGUGUCCGUGUAAUCCGGCCUGGAACGGACUGUUUUCCUCCGCGUUCUUCAUCAUUCCCUCCAUCAUGACCUUCGCGCUCAUGAUGCUCAUUCAGGGAUGCAAGUGUGGCAUCUGGUGCAGGUCCCUGUCCAGUUUCGUUCCCGCCGUGGUCUGGCUGAUCCUGCUCUUUCUGGACGGUCAGUAUUUUGCCUGCGCAAUGACAGACUGGCACGGCAGGUUCGUGAUCGUGGACAAAGCCGCUCCGCAGAAAUGGUGCGAACCCAUUCAAGAGGAGAGCGUCAGUCCUCAGGAACUCAUGCUGCGCUCACAGCGACUGUUUGUGGAGUCUCAGGUGAUCGGCAUAGUGCUGCUCAUUUUGAUCUGUUUCGGACUGGUCGUGUAUGUGAUCAGAGAAAGCUGCCAGCAGGAGCUGGAAACUCAAGAUACCAAUGUGGCAGAGAUGACGCUCUACAGCUCCAGCUGAUAGACACCCGUCCUCAUCCGACUACAGAAAAACACGCCAUCUCCAGUCACUCUUUACAUUACACUCUAAAAAAUGCUGGGUUAAAUACAAC